UGACUCUAUAUACCUCCCUCGUCAUCUACCACUGCGAGGUGAAGAGGGGUUUCCAGAGUCCCCAGGCUGAUUGAGGUUAUUAGCAUGGCAAUUAGCAGCAAUUACCUAUGGCAAAAUGCACUUCCCAUGUACCAGUGCAGGUAGAUGGAUUUUUACAGGGCCACAUAGCUGUCUCCUCCUGGUAAAAAUUCUCUGGUGUUAUCACCCCGUCCCCACUCUGCGGCUAAGACCUUCUACCAUGAAGCUCCUCUCCUGCCUCAUGGCUCUGCUCCUCUUCCUCCUCCAGGCUGUUCCAGGUCUUGGCUUGCCCAGAGACACCUCACGUUGUGUUGGCUACCACGGGUACUGCAUCCGUUCCAAAGUCUGCCCAAAACCAUUUGCUGCAUUUGGAACUUGCUCUUGGCGUCGGGAAACCUGCUGUGUAGACACCACAUCAAACUUCCAUACCUGUCAAGACGAGGGGGGCCAUUGUGUAUCUCCAAAGAUCAGAUGUUUGCAAGAACAGAUGGGACUCUGCCCUCUAAAAAGAUGGAAGUGCUGCAAAGAAAUAUAACAAAAGACCUUGCAGAAUUGCAGAAAGCCACAGAAAUGCAUGGGAGAGAAAACAAACAAGCCUUCUUGUUGUUCUGUCCUGUAGAGAAGCUGCCCGACAUUCUCAACAUAUGAAGUUUGCAAUUCAUUAGAGGCGACAUGCUUUUUUAAUCUAUAUAACAAAGGCAAUAAACAUUAAAUAAAUGGUCUAACAGUCCCAUAUAUACACAGAGAGAGGCAGCAGGUCUCCUUCAUCUUUGUGGAGAGAGCUGUUGAUCAGAAAAUUCUGUACAUGAGAAUUGCUCUAAAGAAGUCUACAUAGAGACUGCUUAUGGAUGAGGAACAUUCAACCCCAGCCCACCCCCACUGCAUCCACUGCCCACAACCCUCAGUACUAUAUCUCCACAUUGAACCCUCCAGGGAUGGUGACCCCACCACCUCUCUUAGCAUCUGUGCCACUGCAGCACCUCUCUUUAUGAGAUAAAAUCCAUCCUAAUAUCCAAACUGACCCUCCCCUGGUGCAACUUGAGGCCACGUAUGUUCAUGCUUCCAUACAUUCUUUGAGCAAUUUGAAGAUUUCUGAGGGUUUCCUCUGCCAAGCCUAUUGCUAGUAGUCGAAGGUGCGUAGUGUAGAGGUGUUCCCUGAAAUUGCAUCACAA